GUACGAAAUGUGUAUGGGCACUGCUGGUUUACGCACUGCAAGUUGUUUAUAUUUGAGUAGCUUCAUACACUUUCACUUUCACCUUUGCCGGUCCUUCAUGUGUUAACUAGCUGCGGGUGUUCACGCGAUACCAAUUUAGGCCGGCACCGAAUUACCCCAAAUUUAUUAUGGUGGAGUUGAGCUCAGCGCCUCCAUGCGCUACCGACAGCCUUGUCGAAUGUGCGCUGAAGGUCUUACAAUGCCCAGAUCCCUGGCAAAAAGCCGAAUACACGUACAGCACAGUUAGGAUGUGGCGCGAUGGCACCAUUAAACGCGUGCGACCUGUCGAAUGGAGGCAUCUGCGAGCGCCGGACCGCCCUGCUCGCUCAGAUGACAAGGUCCGAGUAUGCGCCCCCGGAGAGGCUCCCCGGCGCGGCAAGGGCGGCAGCCUCGCCUCCCGCCAGGCGCUGCUGCACUCCGCAGUGCACAUCGAGAACUGGGCGGUGGACCUGUCGUGGGACGUGGUGGCGCGGUUCGGACUGCGGGCGCACGAGUACGAACUGCCCCGGGAGUUCUUUGAUGACUUUGUGACGGUUGCGGAGGACGAGUGCCGCCACUUCACCGCGCUCGCUAAGCGGCUGGAGGAGGUGGGCUCCCACUACGGGGCGUUUGCCGUACAUGACGGGUUGUGGGAGUCCGCCGCCGCCACGGCUCACAGCCUGCCCGCCCGGCUGGCCGUGGAGCACUGCGUGCACGAGGCGAGGGGGCUGGACGUGCUGCCGGGCACGGUAGCCAAGUUCGCAAACAACGGGGACGCGGAGUCGGCGGCGCUGCUGCGGGAUGUGAUCUACCCGGAGGAGAUCUCCCACUGCGCUGCCGGGGUGCGGUGGAUCAGGUACCUGUACGACGUAGCGCACGGCAGGCGCCCGCCUGCGCCACCCGCGGAUGCGGAUGCGCAGGUAGAGGCGGAGGCGGAAGCGGAGGCGACACCCCUGCCGGCGGCCUCCACGAACGGCGCAGCUGCUGCUGCUGCUGCUGCCGGUGACGCUGAUGCCCCCGGCGGCUUGAGUGCUCGUCUACGUGAGCUGGGUGUCGGGACCAGUAGUGCCUGCGGCGAGGAGGGGGCUGGGGGGGGCGGCGGUGAUACCACCGCAGCAGCUACGUCCACUGCAUCAACGUCACCGCUGCCUCCCUCUGCCACCACCGGCCCAGCGGCCGCAGCACCAGCAGCGGGAGGGGGUGCGGAGGAGGCGAGUGCGGCCUGGGUUGCCGACGCUCGGCGGCACGUCAGCGUGGAGGCGUGGUUCCACUCACUGGUGCGGGCGCACUUCUGGGGCGGACUCAAGCCGCCCUUCAACGAUGAGGCUCGGGCUCGGGCGGGGUUCGGGCCCGAGUGGUACCUGCCACUGGCACAGCCCGCAGGGGGGGCACCCGCAGCAGCAGCACACCCGGAGGCAGCGUCGGGAGCGCCUGCAGCGGUGGAGGCGGACACCGCAGCGGCCUAGCAGUAGCCGCGUUGUCAUCUUCAGCUCGGGGAGGCGGGUUAGGCAUGCAGUGGGAGGUGACACAUGUGGGCUGGCUACCGGCGCUCAUGGGUCAUGCCUGUUGUGGGCAUAAUGCAUGCAGGCUGGGGUAAUUGACUGAUGUUACGGUGCGUUACGGCACCGGUAGAAGUAGGUCCCGCAGUGGGGGCAGUAGGUCCCAGCAGCAGGGGCGAGGACUGCGUCGAGGGCUUAGGCUCGUGUUGGCUUGGCUGUUUUGCUGCGACAGGGUUCCUGCUUGGGACGCUGCUUGUGAUAUGCAUGUGGUGCCCGGUUGGCGGAUACCGCUGACCAGAGGCAGUGGGCCCGUCGUCCGCACAUGAAACCCCCCGUGCUGUGGUCACCUAAUACCGGUACUGUUGAACGUGGGCGGUUGGUAAAGCCAGUGACACUACCCGUGACGGACCUGUCGACAUGCAGUACGGUAUCGCACAUGGACAAUCUAUCAUAUGGCAUGAGUGAAUUACCAUGGUGGUCAAUGUCCAAUACACAGUGUUAAUGUACUGGUACUUCCUUGGGC